GGCCGCCCCGCCCCGCGCAUGCUCUGCCGGUGCCGCCGCGACUCCAUGUGUGAGGAGCGCAUUAUCGGCACCGGGAGCCGCGGCGGCCACGGGAGCUACCGGGAAAGCCCCGCAACAAGCGGGAGAGCGGCGGGGCCAGCGCGGGGAGAGCGGAGCGGAGCCGGGAGCGCGGGGCGGGCUCGCUGCGGAUGCGGCGCGGAGCUACCGGAGCAGCGCCCUGCGAGUUCUCCCGGAUCCUCGGCUCCGGCUCAUCCCGGCGGGACCCCAUGACCUUCCCUGACAGGCCCUCACCAUGAGUGAGGAUUCAUGCCGCACCCGGAGCCAGAAGCGCGCCCUGGAGCGGGAAUCGGAGCCGGACAAUAAAAAACUCAGGAUGGACAAAGGAAUUCUGGGAUCCGACCUCGGCUCCGGCUCCGAGGGGGACAUGAAGAUCAAAGCGGAUCCCGGGGCCGGGAAAAUCCCGGGAAUGCUGAAAAGUGGGGAAGUCAAAGCCACCAUCAAAGUGGAGCUGCCGGCCGGGGAUGAGCCCGUGGACAUGAGCACAUCCAAAGGGGAUUGCCGGCGGGAGCGGCGCGUUCCCUCCCCGGACGUGAUCGUGCUGUCGGACAACGAGCCCUCGAGCCCCCGCGUCAACGGGCUGGCCCGGCUGGCCCUGCCCGAGCCCGGCGCCGAGGCCCUGCUGCGGAGCCCGGAGCAGCGGGAGCGCCUGAUCAAGCAGCUGCAGGAGGAGCUGAGGCUGGAGGAGGCCAAGCUGGUGCUGCUCAAGAAGCUCCGGCAGAGCCAGAGCCAGAAGGAGACGCCGGCGCCCAAGCUUUCCUCGGGCCCCUCUGGAAGCGCUGCGGCCACACCCCCGCCCUUGGUGCGGGGCCCUCAGGCUGUUCCCGCUGGGAAAACUUCCCUCCAGCCCUCCUCCAGCCGCAUUCCGGGCACUGGGAUCCCGCCCCCGCUGCUCCGGGGGGGCCAAGCAGCCGCCUCCAAGCUGGGCUCGCAGCAGAACCCCCAGAUCGUGAUGCCCCCCCUGGUCCGAGGGGCCCAGCAAAUCCACACGAUCCGGCAGCACUCGAGCACGGGCCCGCCGCCGCUGCUGCUGGCCCCGCGCGCCUCCGUGCCCUCGGUGCAGAUCCAGGGCCAGCGGAUCAUCCAGCAGGGCCUGAUCCGCGUGGCCAACGUGCCCAACGCCAGCCUGCUGGUCAACAUCCCGCAGGCGUCCCCCACGUCCCUGAAGGGCUCGGCGGUGCCCUCGGGGCAGGCGGGCGCGGCGCCGGCGGGCGGCGCGGCGCUGGGCGGCGCGGGCGAGGCCCCGGGCAGCCGGCAGGCCGCGGCCAAGCUGGCGCUGCGCAAGCAGCUGGAGAAGACCCUGCUGGAGAUCCCCCCGCCCAAACCGCCCGCGCCCGAGAUGAACUUCCUGCCCAGCGCCGCCAACAACGAGUUCAUCUACCUGGUGGGGCUGGAGGAGGUGGUGCAGAACCUGCUGGAGAGCCAAGGGAAGGUGGCGGUGGCCGUGUCCUGCCGGGAGCCCUACCUGUGUGCCCAGUGCCACACGGACUUCACGUGCCGCUGGCGGGAGGAGAAGAACGGCACCAUCAUGUGCGAGACCUGCAUGGCCUCCAACCAGAAGAAGGCCCUGAAGGCCGAGCACACGAACCGGCUCAAGGCCGCCUUCGUCAAGGCGCUGCAGCAGGAGCAGGAGAUCGAGCAGAGGAUCCUGCAGCAAUCGGCCCCGCCCGGGCAGCCCAAGGCCGAGCCCGUGGGGCAGCACCACGCGCUCAAGCAGAGCUCCAGCCAGAUGUCCCGGGGUGCUUCCCGAGGGGUCCUGCACGCCUUCAGCUCCUCGCCCAAGCUGCAGAGCUCCUCGGGCAGCGCCGCGCUGGGCGGCCGGCCCGGCAAACACGCCGAGAGAGCCGGCGGCAAGGGCGGCGCCGCCUGGAAGAAAAACCCCAUGGGCACAGGUGGGGCCCUGCCCUUCGUCAGCCCCGCCCUGGCCGUGCACAAGUCGGCCUCGGCCGUGGACCGGCAGCGCGAGUAUCUCCUGGACAUGAUCCCGCCCCGCUCCAUCCCACAGUCGGCCACGUGGAAAUAAUUCCCCGAGGGAGAACUUUUCCAGGCUCUGCCAUCCUUUCUUUUCUACCACAAUUCCGUGGAAUCUGCUUUAAUCCCAGCUGGAUA